GUCUCUUUGGAAAUGGGAAAAAUCUUCGUCGAGGGCGUUGGGGAAGUGCAGGAAUAUGUCGAUGUCUGUGACUAUGCUGUUGGAUUGUCCCGAAUGAUUGGUGGACCUAUUUUGCCUUCAGAAAGACCUGGUCAUGCCCUCAUAGAGCAGUGGAAUCCCGUUGGGUUAGUAGGAAUCAUCACGGCCUUUAACUUCCCCGUAGCAGUUUAUGGGUGGAACAGCGCAAUUGCCAUGAUAUGUGGAAACGCUUGCCUCUGGAAGGGUGCUCCCACAACAUCCCUCAUUAGUGUUGCUGUUACAAAGAUAAUUGCCAAAGUCUUGGAGGAUAACAAAGUGCCUGGAGCGAUCUGUUCUCUGGUUUGUGGUGGAGCAGACAUUGGGACAGCAAUGGCGAGAGAUGAGAGAAUGGACCUGCUGUCCUUCACUGGCAGCACGAAAGUGGGCAAGCAGGUAGCGCUCCUGGUUCAGGAGAGAUUUGGUCGAAGUCUGCUGGAACUGGGAGGAAACAAUGCCAUUAUUGUGUUUGAAGAUGCAGAUCUGAACCUCGUCAUCCCGUCUGCACUGUUUGCCGCUGUGGGAACAGCAGGUCAGAGGUGCACAACUGCCAGAAGGCUGUUCCUCCAUGAAAGCGUCCACGAUGAGGUGGUGACAAAGCUUGCGAAGGCCUAUGCCCAGGUCCGCAUCGGUGAUCCGUGGGAUUCUGACACUCUGUAUGGGCCUCUUCAUACCAAAGAAGCAGUGAAAAUGUUCCUCGAUGCAGUAGAACAAGCAAAACAACAGGGUGGCUCUGUGGUCUGUGGUGGAAAGGUUAUAAAUCGCCCUGGAAACUAUGUUGAACCAACAAUUGUGACUGGCCUUCCCCAUGAUGCACCCAUUGUCCACACUGAGACGUUUGCCCCCAUACUGUAUGUGCUGAAAUUUAAGGAGGAAGAGGAGGUUUUUGCCUGGAAUAAUGAAGUGAAGCAAGGUCUUUCCAGCAGUAUCUUUACCAAGGACUUGGGGAGGAUUUUCCGCUGGCUUGGGCCAAGGGGAUCUGACUGCGGUAUUGUGAAUGUCAACAUCCCAACCAGCGGGGCUGAGAUUGGAGGUGCUUUUGGUGGUGAAAAGCACACUGGUGGGGGAAGAGAAUCUGGAAGUGAUUCAUGGAAACUUUAUAUGAGACGGUCUACUUGUACAAUCAACUACAGCAAGGAUUUACCUUUGGCUCAAGGAAUCAAGUUUCAGUAACAGCCUUAUGAACCGCUGUGCCGUGAACUCUCCUAGCAUUUCAGAACCAGGCACCUUCUAAGCCUCGUGGUGAAGAAAAUUAAUGAUCUGAAACUUACCUGCAGCAAAGAUACUAAUUCUGUCUAAAAAUCAGCUCCUCUAAAAUUGCUUCACUUUCGCUGUAUGAAAUGACUGCUUCAGUCUCCGGAUGAGAAGCGUGUGGUCUUUGGGAAGAAGGGAAGGUGACCGAAACUAACAGACUUGGAUUCAGGUGGGCUGGAUGAUCU